UAAAACAUGUAUAUACAUAAUCUAUUACAUAUAUUUGUAUACAAAUAUUUAGAAAUCGAGAGUUUAAAAUUAAUUAUUAUGAUAUUAAAGUGAAAUUACUUAAGUGAUGAAGAAAAGAGUUAGUAUACGGGGAUAUGUGUCCUAUGAUUGGCUGACCCCCCUAUGAAAAUAUGUGAUUUUUCCGCAUAAAUGAGCAUGAAAUCGUUGAUAAAGUCACAGUGUCAUCAAGAACCAUCAGCUCUAAAAAGAAGACUCUACUCUAUGAAUAAUAUGGCUGCCGAACCUGUAAGAAAACAGCGCUACAUUUAUAUCGCACCAACACCGCCAGCCGAGAUGAUUGACUCUAACAGUUACACUAUUGCGUUCAGCGACAGAAAAUUUUUGCAAGUGGGCCUGAAUCCAAAGGAUGACUUCAAUGUUACGGUAUGCAUUAUUACUCCUUCACGAUAUAUUAGUAUGUCAGCAGAUUAUUUAAAUAGUAUUUACGGUAUGAGGGAUGAAAUAACAUUAUUCCUACAAUCACCUCCGGUAAAAGGAGAGAACAUUAUGUUAUACCAAAAUGUCGAUUUUAAUAUAACCAAAGUAUUGUACCGUGAUACCAUGCAUUUAGUAUUAGAAUCCAGAAUAGUGGAUGGGUGUCGAGUGUUAUUGAAUAACGAAAACAUUAAUAGACUUAUGGACUUACAGUGUACUAUUAACAGUGCAAUAUCAAGAAAAAUAAAAACACGUUUACUAUUAAGCCAUCAAAUAGACCGCAUUAUACAAUAUGCCGACAGUAAAUGGUCAGGUUAUAAAAUUCAACAUUCGAACAAUGAUGAAAUGGUUAAUUUUAUAAAAAGUUUGAACGACAUAGAAAUAUGCGAUACUAUUCCUAAAGGUGACAGUAAAUACAUAAGCGAGCUGAAGAAUUUAGCGUACAAUGUAAUAGUUGAUAGUUGGGUCAAGUCAUGGUCCAACGACAUACUUCAAAUUAAUGAAAAAGAAGAAGAAAUGUGCGAUGAAAAUGAUGGACCAACAUUUUUCAAUACAACAGUGUAUACCCAAGAAAAUAGUUAUAGUCCAUGGGCUUCACAAUGGCCGAAACCCAAUCACGUCAGAAAAUUAACUUAUAUUAAUAAUUUAUAAACAAUAACUUUAUAUAUUGUACUAGUUUCUUAUAAUAAACUUAUAAUCUAAAAUAAAAACAGUGUUGUUAUUUGCAUAUAAUAUAUUUAUUUUAUAAUAAUAA